AUAUCUUUUUUCCCCUGACAGUCUUGAUAGACAUCGGUCAGUCUCUGUGUAAUCACACUAAUCCAGCGGCCCACGGGAGGAUGGGUUGCUUUCUGAGUCUUGGAUCCUGCGAUGGGUUCCUCCUCAUGCUCUUCAGGACCUCAGUAACAGAGCAACUCUGGUAAAAGCGCUACGACUAAACCUGAAAUUAAGCCCAGCCAGGCUGUCAGGACAAGGCUUCCGCUACUCUGCAGCUCGGUCUGGUGCGGUUCGUCUAUUCAGGUCUUCAUUCACUCUGUUUUAUUGACUUCAUAGUUUUUUUUUGUCUUUGCUGCUUCGGACGAAACGGUGAGGCAACAAGUGUGAAACCCCGCUGGCAGGCAGAGUGACGUGGAGAGCCAGCGCAGCAAUGGCCGACUCGGUGGAGGAAGUUCUUCAGGGCAGCUGGGACCAUGAUCUAGCUGAGGCUCUGGACUCGGCAGGUGGUGAUUUGGACGCAGAGCAGGAUGGCAUCAUUCAGGUCCGAGACCUACCACCACCCCAGAGAGCCAAGCUUUGGAUGAUUGCUCUAAAUGUAGCAGGUAAAGGAGACAGCCUGUCCUCGUGGGACGGAGCUUUGGACCUGCCAGAACAGACACUCAUUCACAACAGAUGCCAGCAGCUCAUUGACCAGCUAGGGCUCCCUGUGGAGGAUGGCCGUGACCUGGUGGCAGAUGUGGAAGCAGUGAUCACUUUCUACUGCAAGUCCCGAAACGUAUCGUUUACUGCAGAGCUCUGCUGGCCCCACCUCCUUAAGCCCCUGCUGGGCCUACAGCUGCCCCGCAGUGACCUCUACAACUGCUUCUAUGCCAUCAUGAAUAAAUACAUACCCCGGGACUGCGUGCCGAAGGGCAGACCAUUCCACCUGUAUAGGCUCCUGUUGCAGUACCAUGAGCCUGAGCUGUGUUCAUUCCUGGACACCAAAAAGAUUACGCCAGACUCCUAUGCCAUGAAUUGGUUGGGUAGCCUGUUCUCCAGCCACUGUCUUCCUGAAGUCACCCAGGCCUUAUGGGAUGUGUACUUUCAGCAGGCCGACCCCUUUCUCAUCUUCUUCCUCAUGCUCAUCAUUCUUGUCAAUGCCAAAGACAUGAUUCUUACCCAAGAGGGGGACAGUAAAGAGGAGCUCAUAAAAAUGCUGGAGCAGUCACCUGCUUUGCUAGAGGCUGAAGACAUUGAGGACCUGUUUUCAUUGGCACAGUAUUACCAAAGCAAGACACCCCUCUCUCUUAGAAAGGAGAACCAGAAUCUGUUUGGCAGCAGUCUUGUGGCUCUGAAGGAAGAGGAUAUGGACCUGAGUCAGGCCCUCUGUCUUCCUGUGUCCGUGCCAGAGAUCCUGCAGGCCAAUCAGCUCCAACCAGAGGGAGUGCGCUUCUUCGUAGUGGACUGUCGCCCUGCAGAGCAAUACAAUGCUGGACACCUGUCCACUGCAUUUCACCUGGACUCUGACCUGAUGCUGCACAACCCAGCCGAAUUCGCUCUGUCUGUGAAAUCCCUGCUGGAGGCGCAGAAGCAGUCUCUGGAGUCAGGCUCAGUGGCCAGUGGAGAGCAUCUGUGCUUUAUGGGCAGCGGGCGCGAGGAGGAAGACAUGUACAUGAACAUGGUUCUGGCCCACUUCCUGCAGAAAAACAAGGAAUAUGUCAGCAUAGCUAAAGGUGGCUUUAUGGCACUUCAGCAGCACCUGGCAGACAUCAAUGUGGAGGGCCCAGACAACGUUUAUGUACACUGGAUCGUCAGCACUUCAGGAUCCCACAGCAGCCUUAGUUCAGCAGAUGGUGAGCUGAACAGCACAGGAGAUGGCAAAGGCGUCAAAUCCCUUGUCAACAAAAUGACUUUUGCCCUCAAGUCCAAGUCAGUUAAUGUGAAAGAGAAGGUGAUCAGUUUCAUUGAGAACACAUCCACACCAGUGGACAGGCACGUGAGCAGUAGUGAUAGAGUGGGUAAACCUUAUCGGGGUGUAAAGCCUGUCUUUAGCAUUGGUGAUGAGGAGGAAUAUGACACAGAUGAAAUUGACAGCUCUUCAAUGUCAGAUGAUGACCGGAAAGAGAUUGUGAACAUACAGACCUGGAUUAACAAACCAGAUGUGAAGCACCACAUUCCAUGUAACGAGGUGAAGGAGACUGGACACAUGUUCCCCAGCCACCUGCUGGUCACAGCGACACACAUGUACUGUCUGAGGGAGAUCGCCUCUCGAAAAGGUUUCGCCUACAUCCAAUCCAGACAGGCCUUAAGCUCAGUGGUGAAGAUCACCUCAAAAAAGAAGCAUCCUGAGCUCAUUACAUUCAAGUUUGGCAACAACAACGCAGCAGGAGUGGAAAUUGUGGCUGUAGAAAGGUAUUUGAUACCAAAUGCUGGUGACGCCACAAAGGCCAUCAAGCAGCAGAUUAUGAAGGUGCUGGAUGCUCUGGAGAGCUCAUAGAGAUGCGUGCAGUGCAGAGGCUGGACUCUGGCCAUUACCGAAACUGCCACGACGGCACAGCGGUGCAGAGAGGAGCAAAGAGGAUGAACUGUUCCCACACUCGUUCUCGGUCUCUCUUCCUCCAUCCCAAUCUUCUCUCUCUCUCUCUAUCUUUCUUUCUUUCCUUCUUUCUGUCCCUCUCUCCUUACCUUCUCCCAAGACAGUACUGACGUUCAGUAUUUGAGGCCCCGAGGACGCCACGCUCAUCAGAUCGAUGGGUGUUCUGACAUUCGGAUGUCGAAAGCCUCCUCUCCUUAGCCUUCGGCUUUUGUUAUUGUUUAUAUCAAGGAAAUCUUACCCUGUAGGUAGAAGUCGGACCUAUUGUCUCAGUUCGGAUAUCUGUGUCAAGCCUUAAUCCUAAUCCGCUGUUUUUUUACAUAAGGGACUCGAGGGGGAGCCUGGGGUGAGAUAACAAGACUUUGGGGUGUUCAGUCCAGGAAAUGCUCAGUGUUUCUCCUCCUCUUGUUUAAUUUAUGGAUAUACUUGUUGUUUAGCCAUUUAAUUGCUGCAGUACAUUGAGAGGUUGUUGAGAAGAGAGGUGAUGUUUUAUCAGAGCAGUAUUUAUGCCAGCGAGAAGGAUCACAGGAGUUGAAGGCCACUAAAAGGUGUAUAUUCAAUGCUUGUGAGGGUCAUGGGGGAGCACAAAACCUUGGGGAUGGUUGUCAUUUAUGAAUGGCUGUUAUCCUUGUACUGUACCACGCAACUGCACAAUACUCCAUGCAGCGUGUGGCACAGACACAGACGUAUGCAGACAGGCACUCUUCAGCUGCUCUGUGAAUGUCACUUUAAGACCUUUUGAAAUCUCAUAAAUAUAUAUAAAAAAAACAAAAAAACCUGCUGAUCAUGCAUUCCUCAUUUCUUUGUCACCCUGCUUGCAGCCUUAAAGAAUUGCUUCAUAGGAAGGGUCAGUGGGUAAAUGUUUUGUAUAUACUGUAAAUCUGCUUAUGGACGGGCAUCUGGAAGUUGUAUUUAUAAACAGACACAGAGGUGGCCAAUCACACGAACAGAUUCUCAA